AUGGCCAGUGCACAGUCUUCACUACUCAACUCCCUAGUCUCCAGCCCAGACCCAGGCAGCAAUGAAGUGGAGCUGGACUGCUGGUUUGAUGAGGAGUUUAAGUUCAUCCUGCUGCCUGUGAGCUAUACAGUUGUCUUCGUACUGGGCCUGGGCCUGAAUGCCCCAACCCUCUGGCUCUUCCUCUUCCGCCUCCGACCCUGGGAUGCAACAGCCACCUACAUGUUCCACUUGGCAUUGUCGGACACCUUGUAUGUGCUGUCACUGCCCACCCUCAUCUAUUAUUAUGCAGCCCACAACCACUGGCCCUUUGGCACUGGGCUCUGCAAGUUUGUCCGUUUUCUCUUCUAUUGGAAUCUAUACUGUAGUGUCCUUUUCCUCACCUGCAUCAGUGUGCAUCGCUAUCUGGGUAUUUGCCAUCCACUGCGGGCACUACGCUGGGGCCGCCCACACUUUGCGGGCCUUCUCUGCCUGACAGUUUGGUUGGUUGUAGCUGGCUGCCUCCUGCCUAACCUGUUCUUUGUCACAACCAGCACCAAAGGAGCCACCAUCCUGUGUCAUGACACCACUCGGCCUGAGGAGUUUGACCAUUAUGUGCACUUUAGCUCGGUAAUCAUGGGGUUGCUCUUUGGCGUGCCCUGCUUGGUCACUCUGGUCUGCUAUGGACUCAUGGCUCGGCGCCUGUUUCAGCCCCUGCCAGGAGCUACCCAGUCAUCUUCUCGUCUCCGUUCUCUUCGUACCAUCGCUGUGGUGCUGACUGUGUUUGCUCUCUGCUUCGUACCUUUCCAUAUCACCCGCACCAUUUAUUACAUGGCAAGGCUGUUGGAAGUUGACUGCCAGGUAUUGAACAUUGUCAACGUGGUCUACAAAGUGACUCGGCCCCUGGCCAGUGCCAACAGCUGCCUGGAUCCUGUGCUCUACCUGCUUACUGGCGACAAGUAUCGACGUCAGCUCCAGCAGCUCUGCAGUAGUAGGGCGGCCCAGCCUCCCACAGCUGCCUCCUCACUGGCACUUAUCUCCAUGCCUGAGGAUAGCUGAUGCAUGUGGGGAGCAAUCUCCCAGAACAGUGUCUGCCCUACUCCUAGGGAAGAUAAAUUGUAA